CAACACCAGAACCAGGCAGCUGAAGUUCCUAGUAGUUUUAGCACAACUUGUUCUACUUCAUCUGCUACAACUUGUGCUGCUGCUGCAUCGAAUCUUCGCAAUGCAGCUCAUCGCGCACUAUCUAGUAAGAAACAAGAAGAAGAGGAGGAUCUCAACUACAACAGUGACUCGUCAUACAGUGAGAUGGACAUAGAGUCCUCGAAGGGUAGUUCUAGUGAAAUAGAUGAUAGACGAAGACACAACUCAGGUGGAAAUAUUGAAUCAGGAAGAGGA